UGUCACCGGAACAAUGAACUCCUCUCACUUCCAUUACCACUCAACCUUUCCCCUACUUUUCGCCGUUCUCUUGGCGUUUCCAUGGCUGAUCACAGCCGAAGCUCAGACCCACGAACAGUUCCUUCAUUGCCUUUCACUUCAUUCAAACGAGUCAUCCUCCAUUUCCAAGCUCAUUUACUCUCCAAACAAUCGUUCUUAUUCAUCGAUCUUGGAAUCUUCGAUUCAAAAUCUCAGGUUCGACACGGCGGCCACCCCAAAGCCUUUACUCAUCGUUACACCUUUCCAUGCAUCCCAUAUCCAAGCAACGAUUCACUGUUCGAGAAGCCACGGGUUGCAGCUAAGAACUCGAAGCGGCGGCCAUGAUUUCGAGGGACUUUCGUAUGUUUCUGAAGUUCCGUUCGUUCUCGUCGAUUUAGUUAAUCUCCGAUCGAUUGAUGUCGACGUCGAAAACGGCGUUGCAUGGGUUCAGUCCGGAGCGACAUUAGCUGAACUGUAUUACAGGAUCAAUGAGAAAAGUAAAACGCUUGCUUUUCCGGCGGGUACUUGUCCUACCAUAGGUGUCGGUGGCCAUUUCAGCGGCGGAGGGUACGGCGCGCUUUUUAGAAAAUACGGUCUCGCCGCCGAUAAUGUUAUCGAUUCUCACGUGAUCGAUGCUGACGGAAGAAUUCUCGAUCGAAAAUCCAUGGGAGAAGAUUUGUUCUGGGAGAUCCGAGGAGGUGGCGGAGGUAGUUUCGGGAUUGUUCUCGAUUGGAAACUAAAGCUGGUUCCGAUUCCACCAACCGUGACCGUCUUCUCAGUCACCAAAACCAUGGAACAAAACGCUGCUCGACUCAUCCAUCGAUGGCAGUACGUGGCACACAAGCUUCCUAAAGACAUAUUCCUCGCCGUCUUCAUAUCAACGGUAGACGAAACAGUUCAAGCUUCUUUUACCGGGAUGUUUCUCGGGCCGGUCGACGAACUGAUUUCGCUUACCGGAACAAGGUUUCCUGAGCUCGGCCUCGCUAAACAAGACUGCAUCGAGACGAGUUGGAUUCAAGGUCUCUACAUGGGUCAAUUUCCAAAUAACACUUUGGAAAAUCUGCUCAACAGGACAGAGGCCAACAAAAGUUCGUUUAAAAUCAAAUCAGAUUACGUGAAAGAACCCAUACCAAAGUCUGUAUUUCAAGAGAUUUGGCCAAAAUACUUCAACAAAGAAGAAGGAAGAUACGGUUUAAUUACUUUGAUACCUUAUGGUGGGAAAAUGGAUGAGAUUCCAGAAACCGAAACCCCAUUUCCACACAGAGCUGGAAACAUGUACAAAAUCAUAUACGCCAUUGGUCGAGAAGAAGAUGGAAAUCUGGAUUUUGAAAGGUACUUGGUUUGGAUAAGGGGACUUUACGAUGACAUGACUCCCUAUGUUUCGAAAUCUCCGAGAGAGGUGUACGUGAAUUACAUGGAUUUGGAUAUUGGGGUUAACAACAGAUCAGGCAACACGAGUUAUGCAGAAGCUAGCCUCUGGGGUUUGAAAUAUUUUAAGAACUUCAAAAGAUUGGUUCGUGUGAAGACAUUGGAGGAUCCUCAGAACUUCUUCAAGCACGAACAAAGCAUCCCAUCUCUUUCAUCAUCUUAG